AUGAAUAAUAAUAGUCUCUGUCGAACACCAGCUAGCAUCCCUAGUCCUGAGGCUCCCACUCAAGAGGUUGUGGCGUUUGUAAAAUACUGUAGAGAAGUCAACAAAGACUUUAUCAUCGGCUGUGAUGCCAACGCUCAUCAUACUCUGUGGGGAAGUACUGACAUCAACAAUCGAGGUGAGUGCCUUUUAGAAUUUCUCUCGUCAAACAAUAUCGAAAUUGCUAAUAGAGGCAAUGAACCAAGAUUCAUAAAUGCUAUCAGGGAGGAAGUCUUGGACCUGACCCUGUGCAGUCCAGUAAUUUCGGAGAAAAUACAGAACUGGCACGUGUCGGACGAAGCAUCGCUGUCUGAUCACAGGCACAUUAUUUUCGAAUGGGUGGGUGGCCUAGUGUCACAGGUCGCAUAUCGAGAUCCUAGGAAAACCAACUGUGAUCAGUAUGCGUCUGAGCUUGAAUCGAAAAGCCUCACUGCAAGAAUUACGUCGGCUCAACAACUUGAGUCGGCCUCAAAGGUCUUAAACCAAACGAUAGUCUCUACUUAUAACAGUUAUUGUCCACUUAAAAGGGUUACUUCAACUAGGAAUGUUCCCUGGUGGAACAGAAGACUCGAACGGCUUCGCAAAAUGACGCGAAAACUGUACAAUAGAGCAAAGAUUACUUCGGACUGGACUCAGUAUAGGAGAGCUCUAACCGAAUAUAGCAAAGAACUAGAACGAUCAAAAAGGAAAUCUUGGGUACACAAUUGUGAAAGCAUUGGAAGUACUCCAAUUGUGGCAAGACUUAACAAAACUCUUGCUAAGGAUCAUUCCAACGGACUCGGUACUCUCAAGAAAGAUGACGGUUCGUUCACAAAAUCUCCGACUGAAUGA